AUGAACACAUUUUCUCUACGACCUCACUGUGGAGAGGCUGGUCACGUUAAUCACCUACUUACGGGAUAUCUCACCAGUGAAAGUAUAGCGCACGGUAUUCUGUUACGGAAGGUUCCAGUACUUCAAUAUCUUUUCUAUCUAACGAAUAUGGGUAUCGCGAUGUCGCCUUUAUCAAAUAACUCGUUAUUUAUUAGUUAUCAACGUAAUCCGCUUCCAGAAUAUCUUCAGAAGGGGCUUAACGUUUCAUUGUCCACUGAUCCUCUACAGUUCCAUUACACUAAGGAAGCUUUAAUGGAGGAAUACUCGAUGAACCACUGCACACAAUGGAUAUGCUGCGAACUGGCCCGCAAUAGCGUUCUUCAGAGUGGAUUCGAAGAUAAAGUGAAAAUUCACUGGCUAGGCCCACAUUAUCAAGAAGAAGGAGUGCUUGGUAAUGACAUUCAUCGGACGAACGUCCCAGAUAUUCGGUGA